GCUCGCAGUGAUCGAAUCGAAAUAUAAAAUUGCCGGAGAGCGCUGACCAGUUCAUUGGUAACUCAGACAUCGGGCACUGAACAUCGUUCUAUUUAUUUUUCGCUUUAAUUUUUCGAUAACUAAGUGUGGUAAUGGCACCUAUAAACGCGAACGAUAUCGUGGAGAAAAAUUGUUUGGUCACGCAGAAGGUCUUGCCGGAAAUCGGAUCUGAUUGUAAUGGAAAUGAAAAAACUGGAUAUUCUUAUGAAACAUUAGUGGAGACCGCAAAUUUCUUGCUGUCGAGAAUAUCAGAGAAACCGAACAUUGGCAUCAUUUGCGGCUCUGGGAUGGGUUCACUAGCAGAAAGUAUAACAGACGGGGUAAGAAUACCAUACGAAGAUAUUCCAAACUUUCCCAUAAGCACAGUGGAGGGUCAUCAUGGUCAGCUUGUUUUCGGUCACAUAGAAGGAGUGUCCGUCGUUGCUAUGCAGGGCCGUUUUCAUUACUACGAAGGAUAUCCACUGUGGAAGUGUUGUCUACCAGUGCGAGUGAUGAAACUGUUGGGAGUGAAAAUUUUAAUAGCGACUAACGCUGCAGGCGGCCUUAACCCUAACUACAAAAUUGGUGAUCUGAUGAUUGUAAGAGAUCACAUCAACAUGAUGGGUUUUGCUGGCAACAAUCCUUUGCAUGGACCCAAUGACGAGAGGUUUGGACCUAGAUUCCCCCCUAUGAACAAAGCCUAUAAUUAUGAAUUUAGAAAAAUUGCUAAAGAGGUUGCGAAGGAAUUAAACAUCGAUCAUAUUGUAAGGGAAGGAGUUUAUACAUGUUUGGGCGGUCCAAAUUUCGAGACAGUCGCCGAAUUGAAUAUGUUAAAGAUGGUUGGAGUAGACGCUGUUGGCAUGUCUACUGUUCACGAGGUUAUCACAGCUAGACACUGCGACAUUAAGGUAUUCGGAUUAUCUCUGAUUACGAAUGAAUGCAUUACUAAUUACGAUCAAGAUGCAGAAGCUAAUCACGAGGAAGUUCUUGACGUAGGCCGUAUGAGGCAGGAAAUGCUCCGAAAAUAUGUAUCCUGUCUUGUUAAGAAAUUCUCACAGGCCGACCCUGAUGCACCAUGAAAUGAUGUUCAAUAUGUAUAUAAUGUAUAAAACACAAAGGAUAGGGCUUAUGAAAGAGAUCUGCGGACAAAAAUAGUCUAUACUUAACAUCUAUUCUAUGGCCCCCAUUUAAAGGUCAUAAUUAUUUUUAAAACUGAUUUUUAUACACACUUACUUAGUACAAUUAUGAUCCAAUUAUGGCCGUCUGCUAGAAAUAUAUAAUUAAGAGUCACGAAUAAUUUUUAAUUUACAAUUAUUGUAAUUUAAAAAUUAAAAUUAAAAAGAUCCGUGUUCCGUUAUAGUCAAAACCCAAAUCUAAAACUUUGUUUUAUCUGUUAACUUUGUUUAAGAACUUUAAUGCUUUUCUCUUUUUGUUAAAUACGCUUUUGAUGUGUGUAAUUAAGGAAAUAUUAUUUUCGUUUUCUAUUUUUUUCAUGGUCAUUGGCAUUAAUAUUUAUACGAAUUCAAUAAGUUAGUAAUUUUGAGAUAUAGAUAUUUACUUGUUUCCUAGGUUUUUUAUUUUGAUUAGUAUGUAAUUGUCUAGAAUUAUGUCUUUAGAUUAAAAUUCCUUUUUCACCUGUGUAUUCAUUUUGUAUGAAUACAUAUUAUGUAUCUCAAAACACUAUUUGUUAAAAACGUUUAUGAGGUCAAAAUUAUAUAAUUUAUGAAAAAAUGUACAUUAUCUAUUUAUAAACAGUGAUACGAUUAUUUUGUAAGCUUUUUACUAUACUAAUUUCAUAUUAC